CAAAAUAAAGAGUACAUGAAAAAAAGUAAUAAAAAAUUGAAGUUAAUCCAAAAUAAAGUAUUGAAAAUAAGAUGGGGACACCGUGUUCCUGUUGGCACUGGGAAGAAGUUGAUUCCAUCGUCGAGAAGCAUCAGAUCUUCUUCUUCCUUCUCCAUGGCAACACAAGUUGUAUCUUCUAAAUCACCAUCUUCAUCCAAGGGUUGGAACAUUUCCUCAAUCGCAGCACGCAUCUACCUACUCAUCAUCAUCUUCCAAGUCCCUCUCUUCAGGGUGACAUGCAGAUCUGGUUUGUGUACAACCCCUUUACAUGUAACAUCAUCCCAGUUAGUUGCAAGUGAUGUGUUUCCUGUUCCACUUGUAAAGGGUCUUUUGUACCCUGGUGCUGCUUUAAAUGGCCUCAUCCACAACAUGACUGUUCCUACUUGGGAUAGUUUGUUGGAUGUGUAUAAUUUGACCACCAUCAAGGAAGCUUCUGCAGUAACCGAUCUUCAACGCUUGGAGGUCCUUGCAGGAAGCUACUUCGCAGUAGCAGGAGCACUUGUUGGUAUUCUGAAACCCGGGAGAAUGAGCAUGUUUGGAUCACUUCUUGUGAUAUGGGGACUGGUCAAAGAAGGAAUUUUAGGAAAGCCAGUAAAUACCGAUCCUGCGAAAGCUGUCUACGUCUACCCAACAAUGGUGUUUGCCAUGAUAUGUGCCUUCUUGUCUGUAAAGUAUGAUAUGAAGAAGGUUACUGCUAGGGCGGCCCCUGUCCGGUCCACUGCGAAACCUCUUAAGAGCUCAUCAAAGUCUAAGCUGAAAUAAGUGAUUCUCAUUUUGACAUGUUAAACUUGUACGCCUUUCUUCCAAAUUCCUUUUGGCACAGAGACAUAGUUCAAUUUUUUUUCCCAGAAUUGUUAAACUUUCAUUUUAGCAUUAAUUGAUUGAGCUUUUUAAUUUGUAGAAAGUAA